AUGCAUAUCACUCUAAUUUCUGUUUCUACAGCCUUGCACCUUUUGCAACACGUGAAUGCAGUGCCUGCUGCUCUGGUUCCAGACGCGGUCUUGGAUGUGAAGACUACCUUAAGAUAUUGCAAAAAAGGUGCCAUCUUAGAAUAUAGUAAAGAAGUCGAUUUAGGACGACAAGCACACCUAGAUCACUUGAAAACAGUACAAAUCCCUCAACCGGUCGUGAUCGAAGACAUUCGAGGGUUCGAGAGUCAAUUCAAAUGGGAUGUUCAUGGAUUUUCUUAUGUGAGGGACAAGGUCCUGGGGCUUGAGGAGUGUAAGAGUGAUAAGGAAUAUGAUGAAUUACUUAGACCCGCAGCUGAAGAGCUCGUCAAAAAGAUGCACAGAACAAAUGCCGAUGCGGUGUAUGCCUUCAAUUCGCGGGUUCGAGAUCAAGAUGAUGAUAUGAAGGCCGGGGGUCGCAGUCGGACGCCUGUGCCUAGUGUCCAUUCCGAUUUCUCGCCAGAAAGUGCAAAAGAAACCGUCAAAAAAGCUAUUGCGGAUUGUGAAUUGAAUAGUAAAGAAGUAAAAGAGUUCAAGGCACUUGCUGAAGACGAAAAUAAUAGGGUGGUCAUCCUUCAUCUUUGGAGACCACUCCAGGUCAUCAAAAAGAAUCCAUUGGCACUAUGUGAUUGGAGAUCUGUUGACAUAGAACAAGAUUCACAUGCAUACAGACCACGAGGUCCUGAACGGCCUGCUUGUAUACAAUGGAGUUUCAACCCCAAGAACAGAUGGUAUUAUCUUAACCAGCAAGGUCCCGAUGAGGUGGCCAUGUUCGUACAAUAUGAUAGUGCUGCUAAAGGACACAUGUCUUUACCUCAUGCAUCAUUUGAAGACCCAAAUUCCCCAUCUUCACCAGCAAGAAGAAGCAUCGAGGUUAGAAUGAUAGCAGUAUUCUCCAAGGGCUCAGACAUGACAAAAAAACUGGCUUAG